UUGAAAUUUAAAGGUGAAUUUUUCAGUUUAUAAAAUGAAACGUGUGCACCCAAGUGGUGCAAGUAAAAGAAAAAAGAAGGAGAGGAAAUCUUUCGAAAUAAAACAAAGUUCACAAAGUUUGAAUUUAUGGUUAGCUGGUUCCAGUUCCAAUCCUGAAAACAUUGAAAAAACGCAAACAGGAAACGAAGAUCAAAUUGAGCCUCCUUCAAUCCAAGCAGAGGCUACUGUAGCUACAUCGUCGGGUGGGAGUGAAAAUAAGAGGGAAGAAACUACUACUAGCAAUCAAAAUUUUCUAGACCUAAAUCUAGACCACCCCAAACCGUCGUUGACGCAUUUCGACAGGGAUUCGUCAAUAAGCUCUGACUCUGAUUCAGAAAUCAGCGAUGAAGAAUCUAAACAAGACACGCUUGAUGCUUCUAAGAAAAACCUUGGUUGUUUCAUAUGUCCAAAUGAAAGUGAUCACAUUGGAAUAAAAAAAGCUUUUAUGGAAAAACAUCCAAUCCAAGUUCAUGAGGGAAAAGGAGUUAAACUUCCGUUUGAUCCAUCCAAACUCUACUAUCGUCUUUUGCCGAAUGGAGAAAAAAUACACAGAAAAUGGUUAUCUUAUUCCAUUGAGCUCAACAAAGUAUAUUGUUCUUGUUGUAUGGCUUUCGGAGGCAAGGAUAACAGAGAUUCCACAUUUAUUACUGGACAUGAUGUUACACCAAAACACAUUUAUAAAUCGCUGGAAACUCAUGAAAACUCCCAUUAUCAUGAACUUGCGGCCAAGACAGCUUUUCAAUGCCUAAAAGGUCGUGAUAUUGAGAGUCUUCUAGCGGGACACCAAUCUAAACAACGGGAAAGAGAAGUUCACACAAGAAGAUUAGUUGUUCAUCGUUUGAUUGACAUAGUUUUAUUUCUGGGUAGACAAGGCAUUGCUUACAGAGGGGACAAAGCAGAAGGGGCCUACUCACUUGACUCUGUAGAAAAUCAUGGUAAUUUUCUCGAACUUGUCAUGAUGGUUGCAAACUAUGACGUCAUUUUACAAAACCAUGUGAAACAGUGCAUUGAGGAGAGUAAGAAACAUAAACAAAAAACAAUUGAGAAAAGAAAACUUGUCGGAAAGUCAACCAAAAGACAGUACGGGCGAGGCUCUUUGAUCACAUUUUUGUCCAAAUCGUUUAUAAACAAGUUAAUUAAAACGAUUGCUACAAUUGGACGUAAUAUCAUAUUGAAAGACCUCAAAGAUAGUAUUAUUUACAGCGUGAUGGUAGACUCUACCCAAGAUGUGGCAGUGAUGGACCAAUUAGCUAUAUGCGUACGCUACGUUGUCCAAGGAAAGGUUUAUGAAAGGCUACUAGAGAUGACUGUUAUUGAUGACUCUAGUGGACAAGCAUUGUACGAGCGAAUAACAUCGGAAUUAGCAAAGUACGGAAUUCAAGCAUCAAAUAUAGUUGCGUGUUCAUUCGACGGGGCAAGUAAUAUGAAAGGGUGUUACAAUGGCUUACAGGCUCACUUCAAAAAGGCAAAUGAAAAUAUGAUUUAUACUCACUGUAUGGCUCACGUCUUAAACUUAGUAGUAGCUGACUCGACAGUAAAGUUUCUUCAAGCAGAAAACGUAUUUGGAUUGGUAGAGGAAUCUGCAGUUUUUCUGAGUACAUCUUACAAACGAAUGGCAGUGUGGGAGAAAGAAACAAAAAAACAACAUACCGCCCACGACAAACUUUAUAGACUGCAAAAAAUAGGAGCCACUAGGUGGAGUAAACAUAAGGCUCUGUCAUCGAUAAUUGAUGAAAGUGUUUUAAGGAGCGGGGAAAUUGCCACGGACAAAUUAACUAACGUCAUUACCGUAUUCAAAGAAAUAUCUGAUGGUAAUUUUGAUUGCAAAUCCAGAUAUAUGGCCAGAAAUUUGGCAAGUCAAUGGGCGAAAUUUGAAAACCUAUUUAUUUCAUUCGUUUUACUAGAUAUGUUUCUUGUUAUAACGCCUGUUUCGAAAUAUUUGCAAACUAAAACAUUGGACUACGCUAUUGCUUGGGAUUUGGUUCAAACACUACUUAAACAGAUCAAUGAAAAAAGAAAUGACAAACAUUUUGAAUUUUUGUACACGAAAACAAAAGAGUAUGCGACUGCUGUUAACAGUAAAUUGGAAGAUAGCAAUAUUGAUUUGGAAUUACAAUUGGACUUUACGGAAAGAAGAAUUUCAAAGAAAAAACGAAUGCCUGGGGAACAAUCCAGUGAUGAUGCUCCUGAAAUAUCAGCAGCUCAACAUUUCAAGCAUGUAUUUUUCAAUAUGUUAGACUGUGCUAGAAUAAGCAUAGAAGAAAGAUUUUGCCCCAACAGAGAAAUUUUAGAGGACCUUUCUUGGUUAAAUCCAAGAAAAUUUAAUGACAUAAUGACGACAAAAGACUUUCCGGCUGGAGUCCUCUCUUGUAUCUCAAAACUUUGCAAUGUUGAAAGAAGUAUAUUAUUAAUAGAACUUAAACAAUUUGCAGAUCAGUACAAAAGUUUCAUAAAAGUUGUAAAAACUCAAGAUGAACAGAUCCCAGACGAAGAAUCAAACAAAGCAGAAGAAAUUUUAAAAGACCGUGAACUCGAUUCGGAACCUGAAUCAGAAGAAGACAAUUUUCGUGGUUUCUGCAAUGACAGUAAAAAAUGUUUCAAGUGUUUGUCAUGCGCCUUCUCAGUUAUUUUUGAACUCUCUGGAUCAGGAUUGUUCACUAACUUAUAUGUAGUUUAUAAAUUUAUCCUAACGAUACCCUGUACACAGGUUACAUGUGAACGGGUUUUUUCGAAGUUAAAAAUAAUUAAGAAUCGUCUUAGGGCUAGUUUAGGCCAAGACCUUAUGUCUAGCCUUAUUUUUAUGAACAUAGAGAGAGACUUGUUUUCUGACAUCGACAGAGAAGAAAUCAUUAAUGUCGUGGCCAGUAGUAGUGACGAACUUAAAAGAAAACUGAUGGGAUAGGCUAGGCAAUCGUUAAUAAGGCUACUAUCACUAUGGUAGGAAUUUUUGUCGUCUUUCUACGGUUAACACAAUUUUUUUUUAACUUCUUUAUGUAAUAAUUAUUUAUGUUAUUGGGGGGGGGGGGGGGGCUCAAAUCACCAUCUAGCCG